CCGCCGCCGCGGGGGCGGGACCGGCCCCGUUAAAGGCGGCGAGCCCGGGGAGGCGCCGCGUCCGCCCGCGCCAUGGCCGAGGCGGCAGAGCAGGAUCUGCUGCUGGCAGCGGCGUUCGUGUCCGACGCGCAGUACAACAGGAAUAUUCCUUUCAGGACCUCUCCGGAGGCUGUCAGGCUCUAUCACCUCUACAACCACUGGAUGAUGCGAACAGCCACCUACUUCUUCAUCUUCCUCAACCUGUCCCUUGCCCUGUUUGAGGAACCUGCUGUGUAUCCACUCCCCUUCCUGGCCACGUCAGUGCUGGAGGUGUUGUGCCUGCUGGUGUUCCUCGGCCGCCUGACACACUUUGCCAAAGUCACCUUGCACAACGUGUUCUGGAAGGACGCCAAGAACAUCUGCAUCAUGGGGGCAAUCCUGCUAUCCCUGACAGACCUGGGCAUAUAUGGGGUCCUCAGGCUGUAUGGUGUGAGGAGCAUCCGGUGGUCAAGGUUUAUGAGGCCCAUCUUUCUCAUCAACUUCGCAGAGAGCCGCCAGAUCCGGAGGGCGCUGCGCAGCAUCCGCAACACGCUGCCCGAGAUCACCUACGUCUUCCUGCUCUUCAUGUUCAGCCUCCUCAUGUUCUCCCUCAUGGCCCUGAAGCUGUUUGGAGAGAGGAAUCUCCAGACAGCAGAAGGCCUCCCCUACUUCAAAAACUACCUGGAGAUUGUGUUUGACCUCUACGUGCUGGUGACCACAGCAAACAGCCCAGAUGUCAUGAUGCCAGCAUUUGACUUCAGCUCGUGGUACGCCCUGUUCUUCAUCGCCUUCGUCAUCGUCAACACUUACAUCUUCAUGUCUCUCUUCCUGGCUGUGGUCUACAACAACUACAAAAAACACCUGAAGAAUGAGAUCCGUAAGCUCGCCUACAUGAAGCGCCGCAAGAUGAUCGAGGCCUUCAACCUGCUGAAGGAAGAGGAGGGAGAGCAGUUUGUGGUCCGGGAGGCCCGCUGGAAGCAGCUGGUGAAGCUGGUGGCUCCUGACACCAGCAAUUCCCACCGGGAGCUGCUGCUCCGCAUCUCGGAUGACGAGCAGAAAGGGUUUGUAGACAAGAAGUCCUUCGUGCAGCUGGCAGACCUGCUCAACAUCCAGGUGGUGACGCUGAAGAUCCGCAGGCACCCCCUGGCGCGCUGGGCGCCGGCGCUGUACGGAUCCGCGCCCAGCCGGCUCCUGCGCGGCCUCGUCAGGCACAGGGCUUUUGUUUGGACUUUUGAUGCCAUCAUCCUGAUAAAUGCUGUCUUCAUUGCUCUGGAUGAGGAUAGCAUUUCCUAUGCAGAGUGGGUGUUCCUUGCUCUGUACGUCAUCGAGAUCCUCCUGAAGGUCUACACCUAUGAACCCAGGGAGUUCUUUGGCAAAACCCAGUUCUGGAACUGGUUUGAUACUCUCAUCAUCUUUGCUGCCCUGACUGCAACGAUUCUCAAUGCCACCCUCCAGUCCACCAUGAGGUACAACAGCCAGCAGAUCCUGGACAUUGUGUUCAUCCUCAGAGUGCUCAGGCUGAUCCGGAUUGUUGACAGCAUCCAGAGGUUCCAGGUGAUCAUGAACACCCUGAUAAACAUCGUCCCGACCAUGCUGACCUUCGGUGGGCUCACUCUGGUUGUGUAUUGUGUGUUUGCUAUCAUUGGCAUGGAGGCAUUCCACGGGAAAAUCCAGUACUUCCCAGCCAACUCCAAUGCUCCUCACGCCCUGGAGUGCGGGAAUCCAGCUCUCAAGGAUUCCCUGUUUGCCCGUGGCAAGUACUGCAAGAACAACUUCAACAACUUCGCCUCGUCCUUCAUCGUGCUCAUGGAGCUCACUGUGGUCAACCAGUGGCACGUCUUUGCCAAUGGAUUUGCCAACGUGACAGGUCAGCCUGCCAAGCUCUACUUCAUCGCCUUCCACAUUGUGAUGGUGAUAAUCAUUGUCAACAUCUUCGUGUCGUUCAUCCUGGAAGCUUUCUUUGUGGAGUACUCCCUGGAGAAGAGUGAAGUGGAAACUGCCAUCGAGCAGAAAAUCCAGGAGCUGGGAAUGGGAGUUCAAGAGGAUGAGCUCCAGCAUGAGCAGCUCCUCGACAACAUGGAGAGUGCAGAGCACGAGCUCGAGGGGGACGGUGGAGCCAAGGCACAGAGCAAAGGGCUGGUGUUCAAAAUUGCCUCCAAACGAUACAGGACAGUGGAUGCUCUGCUGCAGCGCAUGUUCGAGGCAGAGAUACCCCUGGAGGACGAAGGCCUUUCCUUUGAGGAGAUCCUGAACUUGUCCCCCAGCUCGGCCAUUCCCAGGAGCCCGAGUUCCGAGAGCGCGGCCUGAGGGGGGAUCAGGGAAUGGAGCUCAUUCCCGGCUGUCCAGGCGCUCCCUGGCCGCUCCCACGCGUGGGGCCCGGGUGCCACGGUGGGAACAAACAGCUCUGUCCUGUACAGGAGCUUUAUCUCAUGUAAAGUCUCAUAUAAACCUCUGGAAUGAAUGCGGGCAGGAGUCAGAGUCCCCGGCCGUGCCCGGGCUGGGACGGUGCCGCGGGCAGCAUGUUAUGGAAUAACUACUUUUGUAACUGGAAUUGUAUCGCAGCACUUCUAUAUGCAGCUCUGGAGCGGUGUACGCUGAAUGAAGCAGCUCUUUAGCACAAUAAAUUCAGCAGUUUGGAAAAACGA